AUGUUUGAAAAAAUUCCAAACCAAAAUUCUCAUAGCAUGGGUGAUAAUAACACUGGCUAUUAUAAUAAUAAUAAUAAUAAUAAUAAUAAUAAUAAUAAUAAUAAUAAUAAUAGUAAUAAUAAUAAUAAUAAUUCAAAUAAUAAUAAUAAUAAUAAUAUUAAUAAUAAUAAUAAUAAUAAUAAUAAUAAUAAUAAUAAUAAUAAUAAUAAUAAUAAUAAUAACAAUAAUACAUCACAACAAUUACCAUCACCACAAUUGUCACAACCAAAUUCAAUGAAUACAACACCAAAUCAAACCUCACCAAAUCUUAGAAGCUCACCAAAUAGAGUAGCAAAUAAUAUGACACAAAUUAAUAUUUUAACGCCACAUCUAUUGCCGGGAUCACCAUCAGCUUCACCAAUCCCAAUUUCAUCAAUUCCAACCGCCUCUGUAUAUCGUCAACCAUUUUCAUCUUCAUCAUCAUCAAACCAUGAUCAAGGAUCAUACCCAAUCAUAAAUACCAAGUCAAUCAUUCCAUCCGCAUCACAACUUCAAUCUCAAAAUCUUAACAUUAUUAACUCUAUAAAUAACAAUUUCUCCAAAGAUUCACCAAAUAGCCAAAAUAAUACCUCUUUCAAUGAAGAUACUAUAUUCAUAGCUAGUACAACUUAUGGUUCAUCUAAUACCCCAAAUAAUAAUAAUAAUAAUAUUAAUAAUAAUAAUAGUAAUAACAAUAAUAACAGUAAUAAUAGUAAUAAUAAUAACAAUUCUACCAACAAUAAUAAUAAUAGUAGUAAUAUAAAUUCACCAAAUGAUUUUAAUAAUAAUCAUAAUAAUAAUAAUAAUAAUAAUAAUAAUAAUAAUAAUAAUAAUAACAACAACAAUAGUAGUAAUAGUAAUAUUAAUAAUAAUAAUAAUAAUAGCAAUAAUAGUAAUAACAAUAUAGACAAUAGCAAUAAUAAUAAUAACAACAAUAAUGUUCGUAGUGGUAAUAGCAAUGUUAAUGCAAAUGGCCAUAAUAGAUUAAAGAGAAAAUCAAAAGAAAAUAUAUAUAAUAACAACAACCAAAAUAACAACAACCAAAACAACAACCAAAACAACAACCAUAAUAACAACCACAAUAACAACCACAAUAACAACCAAAAUAACAACCAAAAUAACAUCCAAAAUACCAACCAAAAUAACAUCCAAAACAAUCACAACCAACAAAAUAACAACAACCACCAAAACAAUAACAACCAAAAUAACAACUACCAAAAUAAUAAUAAUCAAAACAGCGGCAAUAACAAUAAUCAAAAUCACCACAACAAUAAAUUCAACCAAAACAAUAACCACAACCAAAACAACCACAGUAACAAUCAAAAUAAAAACAACCAUAACAACAACCACAAUAAUAAUAACCACAAUAAUAAUAACCACAAUAAUAAUAAUAACAACCACAAUAAUAAUAAUAACAACCACAAUAAUAAUAACAACCACAACAACCAAAACAACCACAACAACCAAAACAAUAACCACAACAAUAAUCAAAACAACAACUACAACAAUAAUCAAAAUAACAACUACAACCCAAACAACUACGGCAACAACUAUAACCCAAAUAAUAAUUAUAAUAAUAGUAAUAAUCCAAAUAACAUGAAUAAUAACUACAAUCAUAACCAAAACAACAACAACAACAACAACAACAACAAUCAGAAUUAUAACAACAACCAUAACAAUCAAUUUAAUAAUCAAAACAACCAAAUCCACAAUCAAAGCAAUAACCAAAACAAUUACAACCAAAACAACAACCACAAUAACAAUAACCAAAACAACAAUAACAAUAACCAAAACAACAAUAACAACAACAACCAAAACAACAACAACAAUAAUAAUAAUAUUAAUAAUAAUAAUAAUAAUAAUAAUAAUAAUAAUAAUGGCAACACUGGAUUAUCUUCAUCCACAAAUAACUCUAAACAUAGUUCACCACGUUCAUCUCCAAAUAAUUCACCAUUGAACUAUAAUACCAAUGAGGAAUACUACAACUCUGGUUCAUCAUCCCCUUCCUCUCCUGGUAGUCCAAAUUCAAGUAUUUUACAAAUUACAGAUGGUAACAAUGGUUUUAAUAAUCAAAAUAAUUUAAACAAUGGUAAUAAUGGUAAUCAAAAUUAUAAUAAUAAUAAUGGUCAGUUUAACAAUAAUUUCGACAAUAAUGGUCAAAAUAACAACAACAACAACAACAACAACAACAAUAAUAAUAAUAAUAAUAAUGAAAAUAAUAGAAAUUCACCAACAACCACUCAACCACAGAUUCAAACUACUCAACCACUAAUUAAUGGUGCCAAUAGUGCAUUUGUAUUCCCUUCAACACCAAAGACCAAUUCCUCUACAACUCUUUUUGGUGUUAUGCCAAAUGAACAAGAGACUUGGAUCGAGAUAAGAGACCUCAGUUGUUCUAUUUCAAAGAUGGCCAAAUCAAGUUUGACUAAUGGUAUCACUGAAGAAAUGUUAAAUGAAAUCAAAGAAAAAGGUACUGAUUUAAUUAACAUGAUCGAAAAUGUUACCCAAAAAGAGAAAUUAGAAAGAAAAUAUAAUGAUGAUGAUAGAAAUAGAAUAUUCCCACCAUUAACAAGACCAAGAAGAUUUAGAAAGAAGAAGAAGCCAAAUGUGACCGAACCACCUGUUGAAAAGGUUAAAAAGAAGGCUGAUACCUUAUUUUGUACAUCUUGUGGUACGACUCAAACACCAGAAUGGAGAAAAGGUCCAGCCGGAGGUAAAUCAUUAUGUAAUGCAUGUGGACUUCAUUAUGCAAAAUUGAUGAAAAAAGAAAUUCAAUUAAGUAAAGUUGAAACUACCUCAAGUCCCCCAAGCACAUCUAUGAAUGUUGUUAAUUUAUUAAACUGA